CUUUGUGCUGACCCCAUGCCCGCCUCUUUCUCCCACCAGUGCACUGUCCAGGUCAAGUUAGAGCUGGGACACCGGGCCCAACUGCGCAAGAAGCCCACCACGGAGGGGUUCACACACGAUUGGAUGGUGUUCGUCCGCGGCCCCGAGCAAUGUGAAAUCCAGCACUUCGUGGAGAAGGUGGUCUUUUGGCUGCAUGACAGCUUCCCCAAGCCCAAGCGUGUGUGUAAGGAGCCCCCAUACAAAGUGGAGGAGUCGGGUUACGCUGGCUUCAUCAUGCCCAUCGAGGUGCACUUCAAAAACAAGGAGGAGCCACGGAAGGUUUGUUUCACCUAUGACCUGUUCCUGAACCUGGAGGGCAACCCGCCUGUAAACCACCUGCGCUGUGAGAAGCUUACCUUCAACAACCCCACCGUUGAGUUCCGGUACAAGCUCCUGAUGGCUGGCGGGGUGAUGGUAAUGCCCGAAGGAGCAGAAACGGUGUCCAGGCCCAGUCCUGACUACCCCAUGUUACCCACAAUUCCACUCUCUGCCUUCUCUGACCCCAAGAAGACCAAACCAUCCCACGGCUCCAAGGACGCCAGCAGGGAGAGCGGCAAGGCCUGCAAGGCCCAUAAGACAGCCAAGGAGCACCGGGAGCGGCCCCGCAAAGACUCGGAGAGCAAAGGCCCCUCCAAGGAGCCAGAGCGUGAGCAGGCCCGGAGUGCCAAGGACGCCUCACGGAAGCUGGUUGAGGGCCGGCCACCCAAGGAGGAGAAGGCCCCGCCACCCAAGGCUGCAUUUAAGGAGCCUAAGAUGGCCCUGAAGGAGACCAAACUGGAGAGCCUGUCCCCCAAGGGUGGUCCCCCACCACCACCACCAUCUAAGUCUUCCAGCAAGCGGCCAGCUACCACUGACUCACCCAAGCCCAGUGCCAAAAAGCAGAAGAAGAGCAGCUCCAAGGGGUCCAGGAGCGCCCCUAGCACUUCGCCCCGCACCUCAUCCUCCUUCUCGGACAAAAAGUCGGCCAAGGAUAAGGGCAGCACCAAAGUGGAGAAGAUCAAGGCUGAGAAUGAGCCCCGGGAGAUCAAAAAGCCCCCAGAGGUGGAGGAGUCCAACUCGGAGGACGAGGCCUCCUUCAAGACAGAGUCCGCCCAGUCGAGCCCAUCCAACUCCAGCUCCAGCUCUGACUCCAGUUCAGAUUCGGAUUUUGAGCCAUCUCAGAACCACAGUCAAGGACCCCUGCGCUCCAUGGUGGAGGACCUGCAAUCUGAGGAGUCCGACGAGGAUGACUCUUCAUCAGGCGAGGAGGCUGCCGGCAAGACAAAUGCAGGGAGGGAUUCCAGGUUGAGCUUCAGUGAUAGCGACAGUGACAACAGUGCUGACUCCUGCCUCCCCAGCCGAGAGCCCCCUGCCCCCAAGAAACCACCCCCUCCCAACAGCAAGGCGUCAGGCCGGAGGAGCCCUGAAUCCUGCAGCAAGUCUGAGAAGAUCCUCAAGAGGGGCACCUAUGACAAGGCCUACACAGAUGAACUGGUGGAGCUGCACCGGAGGCUGAUGGCCCUGCGGGAGCGCAACGUGCUGCAGCAGAUUGUGAACCUCAUCGAGGAGACCGGCCACUUCAAUGUCACCAACACCACCUUUGACUUUGACCUCUUCUCCCUGGAUGAGACCACCGUGCGUAAGCUGCAGAGCUACCUGGAGGCCGUGGCCACAUGACCCUGGGCCAGAUGCCGGGCCCCUAUCAUCGGGGUCCCGGGAGGCCACAUCCGGACCCCGCCUGCCUUUCUCUCUCUCGACUCACUCGCCCGCAGCACUGCCUUAGUGACCGCCCUGUCCUCGGCCCUCACGGCCAGCUGCACUUUCCUCGUUGGCUCCCGGCCUGCCCUCCCCACCAGCUCACCGGGAGCCCUGGGGCCGAGGGGGCCCGGCGGGCGCUGCUGCUGCUCCCUGAUAUUCAGGGGCCGUCACCUGGGUUCCCCUUGUGUUGAAGGCAGCGCUGGGCCUCAUUCCUGUAUAGGGGAAGAAAUGUGCCCGGCGGUGGGAGCCCUGCUCCAUGGUGGGAUGUGGGGCCUGGUAUCACUGGCCAGGCCUCUCCAAACGGUUCAGACACACCGCACCCCAGGACCUCAGAGGGUCCAGCUGCUCCAGGCCAGGCCUUGGCUCGUCCUCCAUGUGAGCCGGAUGCAGCCCCUCUCUUGGCUCUCACUGUGCUGGGACUCCAUGCUGUAUAGUUGUCUCUCUAUUAUGUAUGUAUGUAUGCACUGUAGGUACCAGAGCGGUUUCCGGGUGUGCAUUUCUGUGGCAGCAGUGCACGUGGGGGGUGGGGGUAAGGUGGGACUUUAGGUUAAGAUGUCUCCACUGGUCUUGUCAUUGGACUAGAGGCCAAGCCGGAGUGCCCACUGGCUUUCUCCAAGCGCAGGGAGGAUCCCCCUCAGUGGUACCAGGGCGCCUCGUCCUCCUCCUGGGACUCAAAAGGCACAGUCCGGGCCUGUGAACACUACGAUGGAGCAGUAGGUCCUCAGGCGCCUAGUCAGACUGACAGCCGUCUCCAGGAGCAGACCUCCCAGCUCCAGCCAGCUGCAGGCCACCACUUGUAACGGUGCCCCGGGCCUCGGCCUCUCCUUUCUUCCAUAGGAUCCUCUUCCUCCUCUGUGUUAUCGAGUCUUCAAACUUUGAAAAAAAUGAGCUUUUGCCAAAUAA